GUGAUUCAGGCAUACAAUCUCCUCAACCCCCCCGUGGAUGUGUAAAGGUUCACAGAUGACAACACUUCACAUGUGCUUCUCUACUAUCACAAAAACACUUCGAGACGUCGCGGACAUUAACAGUGGAAAGGUUCGUCUGGUUUAGUUGUGCAGGCGGGUUUGAUCCACAGCGAGUGAUUUGAAACGGAGAAACCGCGCGGGAACAAACACUCCGAAAUGCGCGAGGACUAAAACUUCACAGCAAAGAGAGAGAGACAGAGAAGAUGUGUAUAUAAUAAAAGACCUCAUCCAUCUUAACAGGUAAUUGAUUAUAAUCGGCCGUUAGCUCCUGUGAGCUGAUUGGCUCCUGCAGUGAUGGAUCUGAAGGACAGACGGCAACGCUCUGUGACACGGGGACAGCGCAGAAAGGACCUGCAGUAUGCUACAUCCUCUUUGGACGGUGAGAACUGUCACAUAGUGUCACAGAGAUCCUACAGCUCCAGCAAGACGCUAAAGGCCUAUCAGCAGGACGGCCGUCUGCAUUAUGGAGGAUGUGUCGCAGAGAUGGUACAUCAGGAAACAGAGCAAUACGUCAGACAAGGAGAAAACUUCACAUUGGCUGAUCUGGGCGUGUGUGAACCCAACCCGACAUGCACCGUGUAUCGUUCCGAUAUAGGCCUGCUCCAGGAUCCAUACGCUCUGAACGCCGGGUCGGAUGAGGACUCUGACCCGGAGGGCGUCAUGACCCCGGAGCGUGCCGUCCAGCUGUGGAGCGGACAGCCCUUGAAGUCUCGCCGCAGCUCCUGUCUCUCCAGUCCCGACCAUUCAGUUCUCACCCUCACCGAUUCUGAAAACGAGCACAAGACUGAUGACGAAUCAGGUAGGAAAGAAAAAGGAGAAGAAAUAAAUCAAACUUAG